AGUCCCUUUAGUAGCAUGCCUGCUGUUGUUGACAUCGAGCAUCCAUAGCUCUACAACACGUUGCCAUUUGGUAGAUGUUCGUGUCUUAAACCACGUGCGCUGACGUUAACUAGCUGAUUAGUUCCUCUCGUUGAUUGUUAUCCCAAUUUAGCGUGUUGUUGUCUUGUUGUCAGUUUAGUCUCCGCUGAAGCUGCUAACAUAGCUAGCAUAUGUAGCUAGCAUUUCAUUUAGUGAGUUAGCUAAGCGGCCAAGGCACGAGGAUUUAUGUUCAGCCAAUAGACUCGAACAGUUCACUUUGCGUUUCAGCUUUUAUGCAGUCUGGUGGUUGAAACUGGUCGGGAGACACACUCAUAACAAGAUGACGAUGGAGCUGGAUGUGUUCGUGGGUAACACCACAAUCAUGGAUGAGGAGGUUUAUCAGCUCUGGUUGGACGGAUACACAGUGAACGACGCAGUGAAGGCACGAAUGGCUGGAGGAGUGAUGGAGGAGUGUGAGGCGAGUGCAGAUGUUCUACUGAGUGACACCAUGGACCAGUACAGGACUUUCCAGAUGUGUGAGCGUCUGCUGCACAGUCCAUCCAAACUAGGCAACCAGCUACUGUUCCAGAUCCCACCUCAUCGACAAGCCAUGCUCAUAGAGAGAUAUUACACCUUCGAUGAUGCAUUUGUCCGUGAGGUCCUGGGAAAAAAACUCUCCAAAGGAACCAAGAAAGACUUGGACGAUAUCGGAGCCAAGACAAGUGUGACACUGAAGAGCUGCAGACGACAGUUUGACAACUUCAAACGUGUUUUUAAAGUUGUGGAAGAGCUGAAGGGACCCCUGGUGGAGAACAUACGUCAUCACUUUCUUCUUUCUGACAAGCUUGCAAGGGAUUAUGCUGCCAUUGUUUUCUUUGCAAACAAUCGCUUUGAGACGGGGAAAAGAAAGCUGCAAUAUCUCACAUUUCAGGACUUUGCUUUCUGUGCUGGGCAGCUUAUCAGCAACUGGACCGUUGGGGCUGUUGUUUCUGACUUUGUAGAUAACAUGGUGGAAGACAUGGACGUGGAUCUCGAUAAAGAGUUUUUACAAGAGCUGAAAGAACUGAAAGUUUUAAUCACUGACAAAGAUCUGCUGGAUCAACACAAAAGUCUGGUCUGUACAGCUCUCAGAGGAAAGACUAAAGCGUUUAAUGAGAUGGAGACUAAUUUUAAGAAUCUAUCCAGAGGCCUUGUCAACAUUGCUGCAAAGUUAACCAACACAAAGGAUGUCAGAGAUUUCUUCAUUGAUCUUGUAGAGAAGUUUAUUGAGCCUUGUCGUUCAGACCGGUGGACAGCUGCGGACAUUAGACUCUACCUGACUCACUACAACAACUCUGCACACAUACUUGACACAUUCAAACAUCAGGUCGUGUGGGACCGAUACAUGGGCGUCGUCAAAAGCUGUAUCUUCAAAAUGUAUCACGACUGAAGCAGUUUCUUCGCAGUUCGCCCCUCAUUUCUCCCCGCUCUUCCCUCGUUUGUUUUCUGGCUGUUUCUCUUACCGAAGUCGUCAUCAUUACCCCUUCGGUCUGUUGUUUAUCUGUUUCGUUUGGUCAGCGUGAUGAAUUCUGCUUUUUAAGCCCCAUUAAUGCUUUUAGCCUCCCUUUUUUGCACCAAUAGAGCCCCUGCAGUGUCUGUAAAUUUGGUUUGUAAAUAAAAAUGAACGUAUUUACC